AUGUCCAAGAGGAAAGGCUCAGGCUCAGGCCUCAAGGCUUCUUUAUGCAACUAUAAACAACCUUGUAACUGGUUGAGAGCUGGCGAUGGGCUCAAUUUCCCAAAGAAGUUCUGGACAAAGGCUGCCGUAGAAUUGCAGAAGAUCCAACAGCUGAGAACCACCUACCGAACUGUCAAAGCACUGUCAGAGCAGUCGGGCUUUCAUUGGGACAAUAUUGGCGGUGCAGGUAUCACAGUAGAGAGUGAGAUAGUAUGGGCUGAGUAUUUAAAGGAACCUUGUGUCAAGAUUUUUCGCAACAAGGGCUGGACCCAUUUCUCAGCAAUGGAUGAUCUUAUGUGUGGCCGUUUUGCCAAGGGAGCAAACAUUUUUUGCUCUGCCCCCCCUUCUGUACCUGUACCAAAUAGACAUAGCCCUCCUGUGUCUAGCAUUACCCCAUCAUCAUCUAUGUUUCCUCCCCCUGUAGCUAUUACCCCACAAACACCUAGGAGCAUUAGUACCAACAUGCAUUCCCAUGAUGCCAACGUUAACCUCUGGCUAGGGGGUGUACCAUCUCCCAAAUCAAUGCCCGCUCCCUCAACUUUAUCAUCAACUACCUCCCGUGGGUCUUUUAGUAGCAAACAAAAGGAGUGUGACGCAGAGUUGGAUGCCAAUGCAGAUGCAGAUGCCAUGUCGGUUGUCACUUGCAGCAAGAGCACAGGCAUAACUGUGCAUAGCCGCAGCUCUAAAACCCCUUGUGUGGCUGCCAAUGCAAUGACCGCCACUGCUCUGAUAGGGUUGAAUGAUAUGCUGGGUCAGAUUGUGUUCAAUUGA